AGCACAGCCUGCCUGCCACAGAAAGAUUUACAAUCUCUGUGGCGUAUCAGUGGGGAACAGGACAGUGUGUGUGCACACACACAGACAAAGCAGGAGGAAGGUGAGUCCAACCCCCAGCAGCAGGGCCAUCCUGCUGCUGCUGGAUUUUUCCAGCCGAAGCAUCUUACGGUCUCUGCUGCAAUUUAUGGAAAUUGAUUUCUGACGUGGGGCUUUUUCUGCUACAGCAGGGACCCACCGGGUGGAGGAGGCAGAGCUGCAGUCAGGGCAGGAGAAGGGAGGGAGGAAAGGAGGUUAGCACAGGGGGAAAGCCAGAAAGAGAGAAGGGCACCGAGGUACUACAGUGAUGGGGCAGUUAUAAGUGAGACAGAUGAGAGAAGGAGCAAGGGAGAGCAGAGAUCCUGAGUGAGUCACAGAAGGGUAGACAGGCACAGAGAGGGAGCCCAGAGAGGGCUCUGCCAUCCCAAGAAAAACCUGCCCAGCUGGACUCUUCACCAUGAGCACGAGGGAGACCUGCGCCCAGGAAGUGGGGCCAGGGGAUGGGGAGGAAAAGCGGAGUGAAGGCACUCAGAAUCCGGACAGGAGGCAGCGCGAGGUGGAGCUGCGGGAUAAAGCCAUCCUGCAACAGAAGAGGCGCCUGAAACAGGCUACCCAGUUUGUGCACAAGGAUUCUGCUGACCUGCUGCCCCUGGAUGGCUUGAAGAGGCUGGGCACCUCCAAGGAUCUGCAGCCACACAGUGUGGUACAACGGCGCCUCCUGGAGGGGAAUCUGAACAAGCUGCGGGGGGAGAGCAGGGAAUAUACCACAUGGGUUCAAUCCCCACUGGUGGAGGACAAGGAUGACAGGGCAGAAAAGAAAGAGAAUGACAGAAGGAAAGAGACUGUGUCCCUGCUCAUACACUGCAAGUGCCAAGGUCAGGUAUUGAGAGCUACUGUUAACACUGGCUGCCAGCAAAACCUCAUCUCCAUGAACUGUCUGAAACGGCUGGGGCUGGAGGAAGUGUCCGAUGCUGGCAAUGGGGAUCUCUCCCUUCCUGUCCCUAGUGUCAUUGGCCAGGUGGAGUGUGUGGAGGUGCAGCUUGGCCAGGAGACGGUGGUGUGCUCGGCGCUGGUCGUGGAUGAUGAAAUGCUGGAGUUCUGUUUCGGCCUGCAGACUCUGCUGUCUCUCAAGUGCUGCAUCGACUUGGAGGAAGGAGUCCUGCGGCUGAAAGCCCUGAGUGAAGAGCUGCCUUUCUUACAUGCCUCUGACGAGCAUGGGCAGUGAUGGGCCGGCUCCCCAUGUCCACAGGGAGGAGACUCUAUGGCUUACCAGGGAAAGCUGUGCGGCUGGGGCUGACACACCUGGACCUUGCUGAGUCCUGCGCUGAGGCUUCCAUGGGGGAGUGAGGAGGUAAACGGGAGCCAGGUGCUGUCCCGCUGUUGAUGCAAGCUGGCCUCUUGUAUGGAGAGUUCUUCCUCCCUGCAACAGACCCUCCUGCUUGUCCCCAUGUGCUGAGUGGAUAUUCGUUCUCAUUUCUCUCUAUGUCCCCGUUCUCUGUCUGGUUUCUGCUUCUGCCCUUUUAGUGACUUCUUUUUACACUGCCAGGUAUUGAUAACACAGGAAGUGGCACUGCAAGCAGUCUCCAGGGGUUCUGCCUGCACAGAGAUGGUGGCUUCUUCUAAAGCCUCUGAAGAUUGUUUUAAAAGUUUCCCUUCCCUUUUGGCCACAGAUCUACCUGGACAGGAGGGGCCUCUCUUUCCCCUGCUGCAUGGGAAGGGCCCUGUAGCCAAUUCUCCCUGUCCUCUGGAGAGCUGGAUUUCAUUACCCUGCACUGGCUCAGAGCAGACUGGAAGGAUUUUACUGGAAUCAGCUUAAAUUGCAGUCACUGCAUUUUGAGAAUUUUCAUUCAAAGCAGGAAGACUUCUAGGAAAUGCUGAGCUGAAACACCCUGGGAGUGUUAAGCAUAAACAGGCGUCAGGCCUGGCCAGCCAGCCAGCCUUAGCUACUAGACUCUGUAUUGUAUGAGCUCAAGUGCUAGUCUCUCCCCAUUAACCGUAGUAACUGGGCUGAUACCCCUGCGAGCCAUGAGCUCCCAUCACCAGAUUUACACACCCAUCAACUCUGCUUCUUCACUCUGAGCUCCAGGGAUUCAACUUAGAUACCACAUGAACUCCAGGCCUACACCUGCCAUCAGCUCUCCUCCUGGUCCCUGGCGAUUCGACACAGAGACACCAUCAACUUCAACCAUUGGACUUCCACACCCCACUGACUAUGUCUCCUGCAUGAAAGCAAAGAACCUGACUCAUUCCCGGUAUCGGCUCAGGUCACAGAGUUACAAACUCAUCUGGGAUGGACAGGACCUUUGGUGGGUCACUUAGUCAUUUCUUCUUCAUACAGGCAGGCUUGAUUUCAUUACCCUAAAAGCAUCACUGAUAGAUGAGUAUGUAGUCUCAAGGGACAGACACACUGCCACCAUUCUGGGCAGCUUGUGCCAUUCCCAAAUGGGUGUAUCAGUUAGUUUUUGUUAUUAAUCUUUGACUAAAAUUUUCUAUUCUACAAUUUGUGCCCAGUUACAUCUUUUCUCCCAGUGACUAAUGAGAAUGACUGAUGCCAGCCCUCUUCAUAACAUCCCUUCAUCCACUUGCAGAUGGUUCUGACGUCCCCUCUCUGCCAUCUUUUUCCUGGACCUAAUUGGGUCUCUUUGUGGGUCUCACUUGUCAAACAUUUUAUUAUGUCUCCUGUGCUCAUUUGAGCUCUCCGGUUUAUCUGUCUUUUUUUUGGCCCUAAACUGUAUGCAGGACUCCGAGGCUUAACCAGUGCUAAGAAGAGUGGAAUAAUUACCCUGCUAAUUUUAUAUAUAAUACUCCUGUCGAUGCGAAUCAGAAUGGCAUGUGCCCCUCUUAACAGCAGUGUUGGACUGUUGACUCUUAUUCAGUUCAUCACCCAUUAUAUCCUGCAGCUCUUUUUCCAUGGCAUGGCUGCCUAGUUCAUUGUAUUGCAAUUGUGCAUCUGAUGAUUCCUUCCUAUGUGAAGCACUCUACAUAUCUUUCCUGAAUAAACCAGUGAUUUAAAGGCCUUGUCUCAUAUGUGUCAGGAUUGUCCUGUAUUAUGAUCCUAUUCCUCUGCAGUCCCUCCUGGAUCUGUAUUGUUUGUGCACCUGAAUCUUUAAUGGCAAUAUUGACUGGUCUUGGAACCUCCUUCAGAUUUGACAUUGACUCUUGAAUGAAUACAAUUUGUUAAAUGUUAUUCAUUUUUAUAUCCCAUCCUGUAGCAACUCAUCUAGUCCAUAACUCUCGAGUUUCACUCAAAGGAUGGCUUGUGGAAAUGAAUCAAAUAACCUGCUGAAAGCAAUAGCUAUUACAUUCACUGCAUUUCCUUUAUCCAUUAAGUUUAUUUCAUCAAACAAACAAACAAAACCUAAG